GAUAACACAGACACUUUUACAAAGUGAAUGGUAAUGCAGAUGUUUAAAUGUAUGUAGGGAAUUAUUAAUAAUAAUACAAAUUGAGAUCGACGUAAUAAACGACUAUAAAAUGGUAAAUGAAAGUAAAAACAAUGACGAAAUGUUUUCCAAAAUUAAACACCCGGAAGAUGACGGCGAUUUCAAAGUUUCAGGUUGGGGAUACAGACACCAACAAUGUCUUAUUCUCUUUUUUGCUCUAACAACUGCAUAUAGCAUGCGAGCAUGUAUGGGCGUUGCGUUGGUGGCUAUGGUUGAUAAUAAUUUACCAGAAUUAACAAUAGACGAAAACCAUGUAGCUAACGAUAGUGUUUUUGGACAGCAUAUAGCUAAUAUUACUAAUGACUCUCUUCGUGAUGGAUUUUUACAUUCACUUCUGUUUGUUCCACCAUAUCCCCAAUUCAAGUGGAGCAAGAAAACCCAAGAUAUUAUUUUAUCGUCUUUCUUUUGGGGGUAUAUGCUGUUACAAAUUCCUGCAGGCCAGCUAGCUUACAGAUAUGGAGCACGAUAUUUGCUUACUACUGCUCUCUUCACCAAUUCUGUUUUGUCAUUUUGUUUUCCUUGGGCAGCAUUUUAUGGAGGUUGGGUACUGACAAUGAUAUUUCGAAUAGUUCAAGGCCUCACUCAAGCAUGCAUUAUACCAGGAAUGCAUACAAUGUUCGGAAAAUGGACUCCAUUGGAGGAGAGAGGAAGGCUGGCAGGUUGGGCUUAUGGAGGUCAGGCCUUAGGAGCAGUUUUGGGACUUCCCAUAACUGGUUUUGUGGCCUCAUCUCCACUUGGAUGGCCAGGGCUCUUUCGUUUCUAUGGAAUACUAACAGGGAUUAUUGGUGCCGUUAUGUUGAAGUUUGGUGUUGAUAGUCCAGCUAAACAUCCAAAAAUAUCUUCAGCAGAGAGACGAUACAUUGAAGAAAGAUUAGGAAAUGAUAAUGAGAACAAGAAAAAUCCAAUACCGUGGUCUUCUAUACUGACGUGUCCUGGAAUGUAUGCAAUAAUAAUAGCACAUAUUGGUCAAACUUGGGGUCAGCUAACUCUUUAUUCAGAAGUACCAGCGUUCAUGGACAAAGUAGUUGGAGUUAAUAUAAAAGCUAACGGUCUCCUGACGGCGUUGCCUUUCUUGUGUAUGUGGGUGACAAACUUUUUCUUCAGCUGGUUCACGGAUAUGCUUAUUGUAAAAAAAAUUCUCAGUGUACGGAAUACAAGAAGAUUAGCCAAUUCGCUGGGAUAUUUCCCAGCAGCUCUGGGAAUGAUUGCUUUAGCCUAUUUACCCAAAAACAUCUAUAUUGUGGAAACUCUACUCAUUAUCAUUUGUUCAUUUUCAAUUUCAGCACAUGUUGGUUUUCAAAUAAACCACAUUGAUAUCUCCCCGAACUAUUCGGGGACUAUGAUGAGUAUCAGCAACUUUGUGUCUAAUUUGGUUGGAUCUUGUUCUCCUUUAGUUGCAGCUUAUUUUCUUACUGACGUGACAAACGAAUUUUUAUGGAGGAAGGUGUUUUUUGUAGCUGCCGGGCUAUACUUCUUCACCAACGUCAUUUAUCUAAUUUUUGCAACCGCUGAGAGGGCUGAGUGGGACAGCACCAAGAAAAUGAGCAUUGAUAAUGAAUUAGAACUGAUGGUAAAAGAGAGUAAAAAACAGUGUAACGACGGAAAAGUAUAAUUAUGAAAAUUUUAAUGUUAUUUUUGUGUCGAUUGGAGGUUAUAAAGCUGAUUUUAAAUAGGUUAAUCUUCAUUACUUGUACUUGGUUAGUGUAAUCUUUGUAUGAAUAUAAAAAUAAGUUAGUUUAUAUGUAAGAAAAAUAUUAAUCAUCUAUUUAUUAUUCAAGUCUGUUCAGAGAACCCAAUAAAGAACCCAAAAUUUG